UGAAGUGAUCCAUAACGAGUUUGAGGAUCAAUGGUUACCACAUGCACACGAUCAAUCACCACAGCGAACAAAACUACCACCAAACUGACCCCUUUUCGUGUUGAAAACUGUUGUGUGAGUGUGUGAGUUCUACUCAGCAAUGGCACUCUCAGCUUGCAGCAGUCUUGGUCCCUCAAAUAUCAACCCUUUAACAACACCAUCUUUCUCAUUCAGCUCUCUCAAAUUCCCUCCAUUCUGGCCAACGCAAAAGGUGAAAAUGGGUCCUCUGAGUGUGUCUCCAAUGGGGUUUGGAACAUGGGCAUGGGGGAACCAGUUGCUUUGGGGGUAUCAGCAAUCCAUGGAUGAUGAGCUUCAACAAGUCUUCAACUUGGCUCUGGAGAAUGGUAUCAACCUAUUUGACACUGCUGACUCUUAUGGCACCGGAAAGUUUAAUGGGCAGAGCGAAAAGCUUCUGGGAAGGUUCAUUCGAGAAUUUCAAGAGCAAAAAGGGAGCCAGCAGAACAUAGUGAUUGCUACUAAGUUUGCAGCGUAUCCAUGGCGCCUUACACCAGGGCAAUUUGUCAAAGCUUGCAGGGCAUCAUUAGAUAGGAUGCAGCUUGAGCAAAUCGGGAUAGGACAACUACAUUGGUCAACUGCAAAUUAUGCUCCUUUCCAGGAAUCAGCUCUUUGGGAUGGUUUAGUGGCAAUGUAUGAGAAGGGUUUAGUUCAAGGUGUUGGAGUAAGCAAUUAUGGACCAAAGCAGCUUUUGAAGAUACAUGAUUACCUAAAAGAGCGUGGUGUCCCCUUAUGCUCAGCCCAGGUGCAAUUUUCUUUGCUGAGCAUGGGGGAAGAUCAACUUGAGAUCAAGAGUAUAUGUGAUUCUCUGGGCAUUCGUGUGAUUGCUUAUAGUCCUCUAGGACUUGGAAUGCUUACUGGGAAAUACUCACCAUCUAAACUUCCAUCUGGGCCAAGGGGGUUGCUAUUCAAGCAAAUACUUCCAGGACUGGAUCCUUUAUUGAGUUCCCUGAGAGACAUCGCAAACAAACGGCGCAAAACCAUGUCACAAGUUGCUAUUAACUGGUGCAUAUGCAAAGGCACAGUUCCAAUUCCUGGAGUGAAAUCAAUAACACAAGCAAAGGAAAAUCUUGGUGCUCUUGGCUGGCGCCUCUCCUCAGACGAGUUGCUUCGGCUGGAGGGUGCAGCACAGGAAUCACCGCGCAGGAUGAUCCAGAACAUUUUCCAAACCAGAUAAUCAUGAGGGGCGAGACCACAGCACAAGGUGUGGAGUGUGGACCUAUAUAAACUGAAUGAAGGCUACAUUAGUUCCUAUCAUCUGGCAUCGUGAGAAAGCAAGAGCAGGUAAUUGAACCAUUUCAAUUUCGCUCGCCCAGAAAUACCAGCAACAAAGCACUCUGGUGCAUGCGUAUUGUGACAGACCAGCUCAGUAAUUUCAGGAGACCGUGAUGGCUCAACGUACUUUUGUAUAGACAUUAUAUAUAAAUUCUUUUACAAUUGAUUUUAAACUUGGAAUCAAUUUUGAUUAGAAGCAUGUGUAAGUACAAACGUGCUAAUAGUAAAAGCUACUUCCAGCAGCAUGCUAAUACACUAUAGUCAUGUUAGUACAUUACGUUUUUUUUGUUCAAAUGUUAGUACAUCACAUAACUCCCACAUUUUUAUGAGGAACGUUGCUCUAGUACCUUUAUAAAAAUAUAUGAUUUGAUA